CUAGGAUAGAAGAGAGGCAGUGGCGAUGGCCGAGGAGCCCUACGCAGUCCAGGGCAAGCAGCAGCAGCACCGCCAGCCCCAUCACCAGCCCCACCAGCAAAAUCAUGUCAUGCUCCAUGGCCAUCACCAGAUUCACACGCAGCAAAUCCACGCCCCAGCACCUCCUCCAGCGAUCGCCGCGGCCACGAAUCGAGAGGUAGGGCAGCAUAAUCUUCCCCAUUCUUCCCCGCUCGAUCGAUUCCCGGCGCCGCACGGCAAUGGCCGCGGAUUAUCGCUGUCGCUCCAUCACCAGAAUCACCAGCAGCACAAGAGUCCUCUCCAGCAUCCCCAGCAGCAUUCACAAGAACUGGCGGCUAGGGUUCUUCCACCGGCAAGCAAGGCUAGGGCUGACGGCGGCACUCCCGGCCACGGCCGUGACGACGCGUGGACGGAGGGGGCCACGCUGGCGCUCAUUGACGCUUGGGGGGAGAGGUAUCUCCAUCUCAACAGGGGGAAUCUCAAGCAAAAGCAUUGGCGAGAGGUGGCUGACGAGGUGACCAAGAGGUCGUGCUUGGACGAGAGCUCCAGCGGGAGAAGUGGCAAGAGCGAUGUCCAGUGUAAGAAUCGCCUAGAUACGCUCAAGAAGAAGUAUAAGAUCGAGAAGGCGAGGCUGGCGAGCGAGGGGAGCCCCAGUAAGUGGCCAUUUUUCGUGAAGCUGGACGAACUCAUUGGUCCAUCGAAGAAAGGGAAGAAGAGGUCGACUCCUCCGCCAUCAAACAACGGCAUUGCCCCGGCCGCUGCCGCCGCCGCCGCUCUCACUGCUACUCCAGUUAGCAGAGAUCAGUCGAGGAACCAUCGCCAGCAGCAAGCCCAGCAAGCGCAAGCGACGAGCAACGAUUCCUCCAGCCGAGAGUUUAGUGCCGGGAUGACCGAUAGCUGCGAGAACAAUGGAAACGCCACGGCUGCCAACGAGGGAAGAGCUUCGUCGUCCAAGAGGCGGAAGGUGGAGGGGAGCUUCAAGGAUCUGGCGAGGGCCAUCAUCAAAUUUGGGGAGGUUUACGAGCGGAUCGAGAGCGCCAAGCAGCAGCAGCUCAUGGAUCUGGAGCGGCAGCGCAUGGAGUUUACCAAGGAUCUGGAGCUCCAGAGGAUGCAGCUCUUCAUGCAAACGCAGGUGGAGCUAGCCAAGAUGAAGCACGGCAAGCUCGGGGGUGGCGGCGGAGGAGCUGGCGGCGGCAACACAGAGCACUACCUAUGAUCCACGGCCUCGGCUCACUGAUCGAUCGAUCCAGGCACGCUAAAAAGUCUCACCGAUUGAUCGAAGGCAACUCACUGUAUAGGGGAGAGAUUUUGAUGUCGUCUAACUUGUGACUACCACCACUAUUCGCUGAUGCUACUAAGUUUGCCAGUCCGGGAUUUUGGAGACGAUUCUUCUGGUUUUGUAAAUGCUUGCUGUUAACAAUGUUUAAAUGCUGUACUGCACAAGCGAUCAAGGGUUAGGGAUUCUGUGUUUACCAAAGUUUCUUGGACUGUGCUUUAGAGCAGGGAGUGUUUGUUCUUUGUGUUCUGUGUAAGUGGGUUCUCUUAUUUCAACAGCGAGUGUGUUCCCGAGUAACUUGGAGUGAGGAGAUCCUGUGUUUUGUGUCGUGAGGCUGCCACUUGUUGUGGAGAGGUCGGAGAAGCAUCGCUAGGGUGACUUAUCAGAUCAAUGGGCAGGCCUUUAGCAAAACAAAGAAAAUUUUAAAUGUGAAAGCUUAAAGAUUUUGACAA